CUCCUCGAGCCAGCAGCAACACGCACGCACGCACCACACACGUAGCAGCAGAGCAAUGGCGGCGGCCAUGGCGCUGCAGGUGGUGGCCGGCGGCGGCUGCUGUUGCCAGCGGCCCGUUCUUGGAGCUGGUCGGCGGCGGUUGGCGGCGGCGCGUGCGGUGGCGUCGGACGCGGCGGCGGCGAAGGUGAGCGAGGAGGAGGGGAAGGUGAGGCUGGGUGGGUCGGAAGUGGCGGUGAGCAAGCUCGGCAUCGGCGCCUGGUCGUGGGGGGACACCACCUACUGGAACGACUCCGAGUGGGACGACAGGAGACUGCAGGAGGCUAAAGCAGCAUUUGACACAAGCAUAGAUAAUGGGAUGACCUUAUUUGAUACAGCAGAAGUUUAUGGUACAGCGCUGAUGGGAGCAGUAAAUUCUGAAAGUUUACUCGGAGGUUUCAUCAAGGAAAGGCAGGAGAAAGAACAGAUUGAUGUUGCCGUCGCAACAAAGUUUGCUGCACUUCCAUGGAGAUUUGGCCGAGGAAGUGUUCUUUCCGCACUGAAGAAAUCGCUUGACCGUCUUGGGUUAUCUUCAGUUGAGCUCUACCAACUUCAUUGGCCAGGGCUAUGGGGAAAUGAAGGGUAUCUUGAUGGACUUGCAGAUGCCUAUGAGCAAGGCCUUGUAAAGGCUGUUGGAGUCUCAAACUACAAUGAGAAACGCCUUCGGGAUGCAUAUGCGCGGAUGAAGAAAAGAGGAGUUCCACUUGCUGCAAACCAAGUGAACUACAGCCUAAUAUACAGGACUCCUGAGUUGAAUGGUGUGAAGGCAGCUUGUGAUGAGCUUGGCAUCACCCUGAUUGCUUAUUCCCCAAUAGCCCAAGGUGUUCUGUCAGGAAAAUACACUCCAGAAAAACCUCCUACCGGUCCUCGAGCAAACACAUAUACCCCUGAGUUCCUCACCAAGCUUCAACCACUCAUGAACAGGAUCAAGGAGAUUGGAGAAAGCUAUGGGAAGAACCCAACCCAGGUUUCACUGAACUGGCUGACAUGCCAAGGCAAUGUGGUGCCAAUCCCCGGAGCCAAGAACGCCGGCCAGGCGCAGGAGUUCGCCGGCGCGCUCGGCUGGAGCCUCACCGGCGACGAGGUCGAAGAGUUGCGGUCUCUGGCACGCGAGAUCAAGGGCAUCAAGAUGCCCAUCGAGGAGUCAUAGACAUGUAAAAACUGAAGAAGUUUUUCAUGUAUAUGAUAGGAGAUGUGUAUUGAUUGUACCAUGCAAUAGUAAACAUUUUACGGCGAUAAAAUGUGUAGAAGGUGUAGAAAAUGAGUCAGAAAUUUCUGCCUGCAUGAAUAGAAAAGGUUUAUAUGACUUUGAGCCAGCCCUGCCCAGUGAUGAUUCAAAUGCCUGUACAAUGUAACUUUGACGCAAACACGCGUGAACCAUUACACA